AUGGACAUUCGUACAUGGCUGAAAAAGCCAAACACUACACCGGCAGUGUCCCCGCAGCCUGGCAGCAGCUACAGGAGAACCGGAGAAGCCGAAGAGCACCUGCCGAGGCCAUGGCAGCAGGUGCCGAGGCAAAUGGAGGAGAGUGAUUCUCCCGCCAUUCCCCCGGUGCCAACAGCCUCUGACCCGGGUUCAGCGGUGUUCGGGGCGGCGAGGCCACCAUUGCACUCGCAGCAACAGCUUUGUUUACCAGAAGACCUCGGAGUUGAAAAGCCAGUUCAAGUUUGUCUCCAUCAGUUUCCAAAGAAGCAACAGCAUAAUAAUGACUUGGGGAUGCAUGUGAGGGCACGCCUGUCCCCUCCAAAACGACUGCGGCAGACCACCGGGGCCCUUCAGGACUACGUGGUGAGUGAAGGCCUUGGGCAGCGCGAAGCAGACAUCCAACAGGAGUCCGCCCCCCCUUCUAUACUGAGCUGGCGCCGGGACUGA